AUGGACGGAAAUGAUCACAAAGUCGAAAAUUUAGGAGAUGUAGACAAAUUUUAUUCCAGAAUACGCUGGAAUAACCAAUUUUCAUAUAUGGCCACUCUGCCGCCCCACCUACAAAGCGAAAUGGAAGGUCAGAAAUCAUUGCUAAUGCGAUAUGAUACUUAUAGGAAGGAAAGUUCUUCUUUUAGUGGUGAAGGCAAGAAAGUUACUCUGCAGCAUGUUCCUACAGAUUUUUCAGAAGCAUCACAAGCAGUGAUUAGCAAGAAAGAUCACGAUACGCAUGCAUCUGCUUUUGUGAAUAAAAUUUUCCAACCAGAGGUUGCUGAAGAACUUAUAGUUAAUCGAUACGAAAAACUUCUGUCACAAAGGCCGGAAUGGCAUGCACCCUGGAAACUUUCACGCGUUAUCAAUGGCCAUCUUGGAUGGGUACGAUGCGUUGCAAUCGAUCCUGUUGACAACGAAUGGUUCAUCACCGGAAGUAAUGAUACGACAAUGAAAGUUUGGGAUCUUGCAACAGGAAAAUUAAAAACUACCUUAGCAGGGCAUGUAAUGACAGUGAGAGACGUUGCUGUGUCAGAUCGACAUCCUUAUUUAUUUUCUGUUAGUGAAGAUAAGACGGUCAAAUGCUGGGACCUAGAGAAAAACCAAAUUAUUAGAGAUUACUAUGGACAUUUAUCGGGGGUUCGUACGGUGAGCAUACAUCCAACGCUGGAUCUCAUAGCUACCGCAGGCCGAGAUAGCGUUAUCAAACUCUGGGAUAUGAGAACCAGAAUACCUGUUAUUACACUAGUUGGGCAUAAGGGUCCAAUCAAUCAAGUACAGUGUACUCCAGUAGACCCUCAAGUGGUGAGUUCAUCGACUGAUGCUACGGUAAGGUUAUGGGAUGUAGUUGCUGGGAAAACAAUGAAAGUUCUAACACAUCAUAAGAGGUCUGUGAGAGCUACAGCGUUGCAUCCUAAGGAGUUUUCGGUGGCUUCUGCGUGUACUGAUGACAUCAGAUCAUGGGGAUUAGCAGAGGGGUCUUUACUCACCAAUUUUGAGUCUGAAAAGACAGGCAUAAUCAAUACUUUAAGCAUUAAUCAAGAUGAUGUAUUAUUCGCUGGCGGUGACAAUGGUGUGCUUUCCUUUUAUGAUUAUAAGUCUGGUCACAAAUACCAAUCGUUGGCCACGAGAGAAAUGGUAGGCUCUCUGGAAGGUGAACGGAGUGUUCUUUGUAGCACUUUCGAUAAAACAGGUUUAAGAUUAAUCACUGGAGAAGCAGACAAAAGCAUAAAGAUUUGGAAACAGGAUGAGACGGCUACAAAAGAGUCAGAACCGGGGCUAGCGUGGAACCCCAACUUAAGCGCCAAAAGAUUUUAG